AUGGAGCAGUAUCUGGAGCAGUUUGACUGGGAAGAAAUCGGAGAGUAUGGUGACGAAGACACUGUUGAUAUGUGGAACAUUAUCUUGAACCCUCCAUGCAAUAGCACCAGUGUUACCAGCAAUCAAAAUGGCAGCGAAGCCGGUUUUGACUCCGAUACAAGUGCAGGAGAUGGCGUUACCAACCCCGAGGCUUUCACUUAA